AUGCACACUGCCGCUUCCAACUCGUCCAACGAGGAUAUGUUCAAAAAUGAAAAGAACGACCUCAAGGUCGUCCACGCCGGCGAGGUCGACAUCAACCAAGUCCAGGGCUACGAUGCUCCCAAACCUUCCAAGAUGACUCGCCGUGCCCAGGUGCUCGCCCUCGCCAUCUGCACCGGUGGAUUCCUCUUCGGCUAUGACAUCGGAGUCAUCAGCGGAUGCUUUAUCAUGAAGCCCUUCGUCCUCGCCAUGGGCGACCCUUCCAUGUGCGGUCCUGAAGGCUGUUCGCUUCCUGAAGCGCGCACCUCGCUCAUCAACUCGUCCCUCUCCAUCGGUACCUUUGUCGGCGCGCUUCUUCAGGCACCUGUCUCUGACUUUUUCGGUCGUAAACCCUCGAUGAUCACCUGGGCCACCGCUUUCACCGUCGGCGCCAUCAUCCAGACGGCGACCAUCAAUUCGUGGCACCAAUUCUGCGUCGGCCGUGCCUUUGCCGGUCUUGGUGUCGGUGCGCUUUCCGGUCUCUGCCCGCUCUACCUCGGUGAAACUGCCCCCAAGCAUGUCCGCGGUGCCAUGGUCACCUGCUACCAGCUUCUCAUCAUCUUUGGCAUCUUUAUUUCGUACGGCAUCUCCUGGGCGACGCAAAACUUCAAAACCUCGGACGCGGCAUGGAAGAUCCCGGUGGGCUUGCAGCUGCUUUGGGGUGUAGUCAUGCUUUCGCUCAUGCUGCUGCUGCCCGAGUCGCCACGAUACCUCCUCAAGAUCGGCCAGGUCGAGCGUGCUCGUGAGAUCAUGGCCAAGACGCGCGACAUCGAGUUGAAGGAGGUCCACGGCGCGCUGCGCGGCGACAAGUGGAUGGAGGCCGAGCUGCUCGAGAUGAAGCAGGGCAUUGACGAAGAGACCGCUGCCUUUGCUGGUCACAGCUACCUCGGCUCGUACCUCGUCUGCUUCUCGACAAAGAACCAGAUGUGGAAGCGAACCGUCAACGGCAUGAUGCUCCAGACCUUGCAACAGCUCAACGGACAGAACUUUUACUACUACUACCUGCCUCUUCUCAGCUCCACCCUUGCCCUGCCGCUCGAUCCGUUCCAGAUCCAGUUCAUCCUCGGCUCUGCCUCGCUGCUGGCUACCGUUCCGGCGCUCAUUGCGAUCGAGAGGUUCGGACGCAGAUCGCUGCUCCUUUACGGUGCGCUCUUCGAAGCCGCCUGCUCGUUUAUCGUGGCUCUUGUCGGCCACUACCGCACUGCACCCAAGAACACCCCUCCCGAACUCAUCACCCACUCGCAGCAUCAAGCCGGUAUUGUCUUCAUCACGUUUGCCAUCAUGCAUCUGCUUGCAUUCAGCAUGACUUGGGGACCGACUCCCUGGACGUUCUUGGCCGAGAACUUCAACGCCCCCACCCGAGCCAAAGCUAUUUCGCUAGGCAGCGCAAGUAACUGGGCCUUCAACUUCCUACUCAGCUUUUUCAGUAACAAGGUGGCGAAUCAUUACGGCCCUUUGAUUAUGGCCAUUUUCGGUAGCAUCCUGGUGUUCGCAUGGGCCUAUGUAUGGUUGAUGAUCCCCGAGGUCAAGGGCCUGGCGUUGGAGGACGUCGAACUGAUGUACUCCGAGCACAUCAAGCCCUGGAAGUCGGGCGCUUGGGUCAAGGAGCGUGGUCUCGACAAGUCGAUCGAGGAUCGUGCGGUCGAGGCUUGA